GUGCCUUUGGGAAACCAACAUGAUCAAAGGCACCCCAAUGCCAGGAGCAGGGGCAUCCUGGAGCUCUCAAAGGAGGAUGGAGGGUCCAGAGGACAAGAGGGGACAGCUGGGAAGGACCAGGCGAGCAGAGCCAGGGCUGGAGGCAAAGAGACUCAGCACUGGAGUUGCCCAGGGCUGUUACUUCUGCUGGCCGGGCCAGCAGGAGCUCUGCUUGGUCUGGUGGGACACCACGGGGACGACAAUGGGACAUUUCUGCUGGGAGGAGCCCCCGCCGCCCCCUCCAGAGCUGAUGAUGAUGGUCUGGCCCGAGGAGCCGCCGCCGGAGCCGCCACCGCAGCAUCCACCGCCACCGCCGCCCCCUCCCAUGAUGAUCUUCCCUCCGGAGGAGCCGCCGCCGGAUCCACCACCGCAGCAGCCACCACCUCCUCCUCCUCCUCCACCGCCAGAGCUGAUGAUGAUCUUCUGGGCUGAUCCUCCACUGCCACCGCCAGAUCCGCCACCGCAGCAUCCUCCGGAUCCGCCACCGCCUCCACCUCCCAUCAUGCUCUUUGAAGAUCCACCGCCUCCACCUCCCAUCAUGCUCUUUGAGGAGCCGCCACCGGACCCUCCACCGCAGCAUCCACCAGAUCCACCACCGCCUCCACCUCCCAUCAUGCUCUUUGAAGAGCCGCCACCGGACCCUCCACCACAGCAUCCGCCAGAUCCGCCACCACCUCCGCCUCCCAUGAUGAUCUUCAUCCCACCGGAACCACCGCUGGAUCCGCCACCGCAGCAUCCACCGGAUCCACCACCGCCACCACCUCCCAUCAUGCUCUUUGAGGAUCCACCUCCAGAUCCACCACCGCAGCAUCCACCUCCACCUCCUCCACCACCACCUCCCAUCAUGCUCUUUGAGGAUCCACCUCCAGAUCCACCACCGCAGCAUCCACCUCCACCUCCUCCACCACCACCUCCCAUCAUGCUCUUUGAGGAUCCACCUCCAGAUCCACCACCGCAGCAUCCACCUCCACCUCCUCCACCACCACCUCCCAUCAUGCUCUUUGAGGAUCCACCUCCAGAUCCACCACCGCAGCAUCCACCUCCACCUCCUCCACCACCACCUCCCAUCAUGCUCUUUGAGGAUCCACCUCCAGAUCCACCACCGCAGCAUCCACCUCCACCUCCUCCACCACCACCUCCCAUCAUGCUCUUUGAGGAUCCACCUCCAGAUCCACCACCGCAGCAUCCACCUCCACCUCCUCCACCACCACCUCCCAUCAUGCUCUUUGAGGAUCCACCUCCAGAUCCACCACCGCAGCAUCCACCUCCACCUCCUCCACCACCACCUCCCAUCAUGCUCUUUGAGGAUCCACCUCCAGAUCCACCACCGCAGCAUCCACCUCCACCUCCUCCACCACCACCUCCCAUCAUGCUCUUUGAGGAUCCACCUCCAGAUCCUCCACCGCAGCACCCGGAGGAGCCUCCCCCUCCUCCUCCUCCGCCGCCAGAGCUGAUAAUGAUCUUCUGGGCUGAUCCUCCAGAGGAUCCUCCACCGCAGCAGGAUCCGCCUCCUCCCCCGCUGGAGGAGCUCUGGGACUGGGAACUGCCCUGGCAGCAGCAGCAGCAGCCGCAGCCGUGGCAACCGCUUUGUCUAGAGCACAUCUCGGAGCAGUGA